GAGGAUAACGAGCACUGAGAUCACGGGACCACAUCACAUCUGGUACCUCCAGUAACCGGGGCUCUCUGCGGAGCCCAGCCUCGGAGCUGGUGAAUAACAAGGGCGAGGACAGCCGGUGUACCAUCAACUGGAGUUGAAGGGUCACCGCUUCGUGGGCUGCCAACCGGAUGAACUCGGCCGGCUCAAGGCAGACGGCGUAGACCAGCAAAGGAUUGCUUAGGUUCUUGCGUCGGUGUUGCAGACUGCACAGUGUCCGGUGUUGACGGUGGAAAUAGUGAGCUAUUGUUACCGAAGAUUUUUUAUUGGCACAGUGUAAGUGUUUCCAAAUUUGCAACUGAAGGAAGGAAAAGGGGAGAAAAGCAUUACACUUGCCUGGGGUUUUCUGCCAUGAGAAAUGAUUCACUUGUGCUUUUCCCUCCAUGUUGUGCUGUUGUGCAUCAUAACAGGAACCUUUUCAGAUUAUUGCAGUGAGACAGUUCAGUAUUCCAAUGCUGUAGUUUCUCCCAACCUGAAGAUGACCAAAAUCCUACGAGUUCCAUCGGCAGUUUCGAUGUCCGAAUGUAUAUCAGCUUGUUGUGACUUUCCCGACUGUGACUUGGCAUGGAUGUUUGAGGGUCAUUGUUACAUUAUGAGCUGCCAGAAUGAGGAGGAGUGUGAACCAAAGAAGACCAGCACUAUGGAAUCUUACUUAACCUUUGUGCAGAGGUUAUCAUCUCAGAGGUCAAGCAUACAGGAAGCCCCUUACAAAAGCAGAGGAUAUUCCAUGGGGAUGCAGGAAGAAUCAACUUCAGCGGAGAGGGACAGUAAUCUGGAAGACCUGUUUGCCGAACACCUGAGCCUUGAUAUAGCAGCAGAUUCCAAAGGAGAUUAUAAAGAAAUGCCCAUUACUGGUGGGAGUUUGCAGGGUUCCAGCAAGGAUCAGGAACAGAGGCAUGAUUCACAAAGCUGGUUGGUGUGGGACUCUAAUUACAACCUUGAUGUGUCUCCAGUGACGGUUGGUGGACUCGGUGAUGAAAAUGAGGAGGUUAAGUUGGCUGGAAUUCAUAGCGGAAUCCCUUCGGAUGUGACCGGGUCAGUUAGUGGAUCGCGGCAAGAAGAGUGGCAUGAUGAGACAAAAGAAGAGGCAAAUGAUAUUCCGACAUUUCUCCCGUUGGAGGUAGUGCGUAAAGAAAAUCUUCAGCGCAAUUCAAAUGAAACUAACAGUGGUAUCCAAGAGGAAGAUGUCUUUCCUUCAAAUUCAUCACUUCCCAAACCAAUCACUGCGAUUCCUGAUUUGGGAAGCAAUGGCUCUGUAGCCACACACCAGGAGAGGCCCAGAGAAGGUGCCCAAGUUAUAACUCCCUUAUCUGAUCAUUUGCUGGCUUCACAGUCUGCUGUCACAGAGUUACCAACGGUGUCUGCAGUAGCUAAGCAGCAAGUGAAGGAACUGAUUGUAUCAGCUGGAACUAAUGUAGUGAUCACUCAACCCAAAAAUUCUGUGGAACUGAACACCUUUGUACUCCCCGCUCCAUCUGCAGAAUCACCUUACAGUUAUAAGUGGAAUUUAGUGAAUCAUCCUGUGGAUUUUGAAGGUUUAAUGGAAGGCGAGGAUUCUUGGACACUGAAGCUAUCUCAGUUGUCAGAGGGCCUGUAUGUUUUCAGAGUCACGGUGUCUGGAGAUGGUGCUUAUGGAGAAAGCUUUGUCAACGUCACGGUGGAGCCUGCGACACGUAUCAAUCAGUCUCCAGUAGCUAUCGUCUCACCAGAGGUACAGGAAGUGUCCUUGCCUACAAUAUCAACAUUUAUCGAUGGAAGUCGAAGUACUGACGAUGACAGGAUCGUGAGCUACCGCUGGGAGGAGAUUAAGGGCCCCCUGCGAGAACAGAAGGCAUCAGGAAACACUGCCAUCCUGCAUUUGUCCAAUCUAGUUACUGGUAACUACACAUUUAGACUCACUGUAGUUGACUCAGAUGGCGUUGAGAACUCAACAACUGCCAGAGUUAUUGUCAGUAAACCGAUGGAUUAUCCACCCAUUGCCAAUGCUGGUCCAAAUCAAGUGGUAACCCUGCCGUGUAAUAACAUCACGCUGAAUGGAAACCAGAGCACAGAUGAUCACAAGAUCGUAAGCUAUGAGUGGUCGCUUGGUCCUAACAGUAAGGGCAAGGUAGUUGCUAUGCAGGGUGUGCGGAGUCCUUACCUUCAGUUAUCAGCGAUGCAGGAAGGUGAUUACACAUUUCAGCUGACUGUCACAGACUCUGCUGGGCAGCAGUCCUCAGCAGAGGUCACUGUCAUUGUACAGCCAGAGAACAACAGCCCCCCUGUGGCAAUUGUGGGCCCUGAUAAAGAACUAAUAAGUCCAGUUGAAAGUACUUCUUUGAAUGGAGAAGGGAGUACUGAUGACCAGGGUAUUGUGUCGUAUCACUGGGAGAAGAUCAGUGGUUCUGAUGUGAAAAUUGAAGGUAAGGACAAGGCUGUAGCCACGGUCUUAGGACUUCAGGUUGGGAUGUAUCAGUUUAGACUGACUGUCACUGACCAACAGGGACUGAACAGCUCAAAGACACUGGCGAUCACCAUCAAAGAAGAGAUCAACAAUCGUCCUGUGGCCAACGCUGGAGGUAAUCAUGUUCUGACAUUACCCAACAACUCCAUCAGUCUUGAUGGCUCCAAAUCUACUGAUGACCAAGCCAUUGCAUCUUACCUUUGGACUAGAGGUGGCCAGAGUCCUGCUGCAGGUGAGGUAAUACAUGGUUCAGACCACGAUGCAGUGCUUCAGCUGGCCAACCUUGUCAAAGGGAAGUACAUUUUUCACCUGAAAGUCACUGAUGCAAAGGGGGAGUCGGAUACAGACAGCGCCAUCAUUGAAGUGAGGCCUGACCCCAAGAAGAAUGAUCUGGUGGAGCUAGUGCUCCAAGUCCAUGUGAGCAGUCUCUCUGAGCAGCAGAAGGACACCCUUGUGCGACAAUUGGCUGUAUUGCUCGGGGUCCUGGAUGAGGACAUCAACAUCCAGAAGAUUCAGGCACAUUCUGACUCCAGCACAGUGUUAAUGUUCUAUGUCCAAGGUGGGCAGCCAGACCAUGUGUAUAAAGGGGUGGAUGUGGUCAGGACUUUGCAGAAACAGCUCGUGAGAGAGAAGGUGGACUUCUUGCUUUUUAAGACGUUGAGAAUAGAUACAGUUGUCUGCUUUCGAAAGUGCUCUGGCCAUGGGCACUGUGACCCAUUUACCAAGCGUUGUGUCUGCUACCCGUUCUGGAUGGAGAAUCUGAUGCGGCGUUAUUUUGGUGACGGAGAAAGCAACUGUGAGUGGAACAUAUUAUAUGUGAUUUUGUCAGUGUUUCUAACAAUCAUCGUCAUUGGAGGAAGUUGCUGGACUUGUAUUCGUUGUUGCAAGAGAAAGAGGACAAAAGUAAGGAAGAAAAACAAAUACACCAUUUUGGACAAUAUGGAUGACCAAGAACGAGUGGCAUUGAGGCCUAAAUAUGGUGUGAAACACAAAAGCACAGAACACAACUCAAGUCUAAUGAUAUCAGAAUCGGAGUACGAGAGUGAUCAGAACACACUGUUUAGCAGAGAAACCAUCGAGAAGGAGAACUAUAAAGUUGGUAUGAAUGGCUCACUCAAAAAUGGAGUCUCUUUCAAUUAUCAUCCCAAAAACAGAUAAAUUUGCUGAAUCGGAGGGCUUAUUGGUGAAGCAUUUAUGCAGCAGAGCAGAGAGGGGAAAAAAAGUGGGUGGUUCUAAAGACAUUUUAAAACAUUUCAAACUGCAGGAUCUUGCUGUACUCUGGAACAGACUAAUGGAAGGUCUGAAGGAAAAGUUCAGAAUUUAGAUGGCUUCAGCCAGGAUGAGCAAUCCUUAACUGCAGGAAGGUUUGCCAGAUAGUAUCCCUUGAUAGACCUAUCAUUUCAUUUUCCUGUAGAUUUGAUUCCAGCCAUUUCUGUUAAUUCUGUGUGUGCAAAUGUGGGAUAAGACAGCAGCUGCAACAAUAUAGGACCUGGAACAGAUUUCUAGAAGUGCUUUCUCUAGUUACAUAGAAAUCCAUUUUGAUGAUGUUUACAGUCUUGCAAUACAUGAAGUGAAUUUGAACAGAAAUCAUUAGGUAUUUAAUGGUAAACAUUAAGGUUGCAAAAAUUAAAUCUCAAUAAAAUUAAGUUUUCUAUUUGUGACCACAAAUAACAUUUUAUUCUUUGUGCUAAUAAUGCACAUAUCAGUGUAAUACAGGAAUUUGGCUGUGCAAAACCUUAAGCAGAAUUCCAUUGAUAAGGAUCAGUUGGACAGGCCAACAACCGAUCAGAAGCUAAAAAGCAAAGCUGCAAGAAUCAGUGAUGCAAAUAGAAACAUCCUUUGCUGUAAUUGUUACAAUUCAGGCUGGAGGUACAAUUAAUAAUUCCCCUCUGAGUUUGAGUAACUAUUCCUAAUGCACUGAAAGCUUAGGCAUAUCAUGCACUUCCUGGAAAUGUCACACCUAAGCAACUGCAUGAAUUAAAUACUUUUCCUAUCCCAAAGUAGGGGGACUGGGCACUCAUUGUCCAACAAUGAGAUUAAUGGGUUGGGUUAUAAAUAUCGGACAGGACACCAGAACUGCCAUGGGAAUCUUUAAAGUACAAUGCACAAAAAUAGAAUUUAAAAAUCUCAGCAAUAAACAAUUAACUGACUGGCAGCAGAUACACUACUAGUGCCUCCCUCUAACUCUCCGUCUUUUCAAUUUUGUGCAUCUCCAAGCAAGCCCCAGCAGCCAAUGGAAACUUUACUCAUUGCAGUUAGGUUACUCGAGAGACGUAGUUGGGAAGGGGACACAUUCUCUUGGGCAUUUGCCCUGUCCCUGUGAAUAUUGCAUUACUUUUGCUGAAGGUUUUGCUUCUUGGUUGUCUCUGUAUCAUUGCAUGAAUAUUGUUUUUGCUGGCUUUUAACUACGAGAAAUGUGGAUUGAAGAAAUGUUAAUUAGUUUGCUUGGUCUACAUUUUCCUUCAAGCCUGGAAUUGAGAGUUUGGAGAAAGCAGGCCAAAUGCCUUUUGCAGUGGAUCAGUUACCUUGAGGAUUUGGAUGAACAAUAAGUAGAAAUUCCAUCUACAGAACAAGAUACAGAACAAUUGCCUUUGUAUAUUGUCUUUUGACCAUUCUAUCCUCCAGUAUCCUGAGCUAAAAAAUCUAUAGCUUUGGUAAAUUUAGCACCUCAUGCUUAAAUGUUCCAGCUGAGCCAGAUUGCCAACAUGCCUGGAUCAAUGGUAUUAAACAUCAGUUAAAGAAUUCCAGAACAAAAAUGUCUACCCUCAAGGUAACAUGAUUAAGAAAAUUUCAUGUACCAGUGAAUACUAACAUGUUGCUCCCAAACCGGACUUUUUUUGCUUCUGUACAAUUUAGCUGCCAAUAAAUUUACAAGUUCUUCAGCCUG